GUUUUACGUGUUGCACAUGACCCGCGUAGAAUUGAUUCCGUAGGUACCCACUAUAUAAACUGGUUUAGUUUCACCUUUUAGUAAUAAAUUAAAGCUAUAAAUAUUUUUCUCCUUAUGUGUUAUAUUUAGUUUUUUUUUUCUCGCUUCCAGGGGAACUUUGUCCCGUUAAAGCUGCUAAAGCUUGUAGCUCGUAAUGUCACAGUUAGCUACUUGUCCAAAACAUUAAUGCUAAUAAAUUAGCUUUGUCGUCUGGGAGUAGCUACUAGAGAGAUGCCUCCAAAAAAGCGAAUUCAAAAGAGAGCGCUUCAACUGGGCUGUGAGUGGGCAUCGUGUCAAGAAUCCUUCAGUCAAAUGGAAAACUUUUGUAAACACGUAGAAGGUCACCUGACAGGUUUGAAUCAGGAGGAAGAUGAAGAAGCAGAAGCAGAGGAGAGGAACUGUCUGUGGAGGGACUGUGGUUUCUGCUCUGUUGAUGGGUUUGAAGAACUUCGUCGACAUCUCCUGUUUCACUGUUACCACACUAAGCUGAAGCAGCUGGGUCAGCAGGUCCUCGAUGCUCAGCCUGAGCUGGGCUCCUGCUCCAUCUCCUACCACAACCGCAACAUCAUCCCAGACAUCCCCGACAAUUUCAUCUGUCUUUGGGAAGAAUGUGAGCAACCACCUUAUGAGAACCCUGAAUGGUUUUAUCGCCAUGUGGAAAUGCACACACUGUCCAUCGAAAUACCAACCGGAGACUGUGAGUUUCCUGUUCGCUGUGGAUGGAAAGACUGUGAAGCGACGGCUAAAGGACGUCCCAAGCUGCGGGAACACCUGCGCAGCCACACCCAGGAGAAGAUGGUGGCGUGUCCAGGCUGCGGGGGCAUGUACGCAAACAACACCAAAUUCUUUGACCACAUCAUACGACAGAGCGCCAUGGAAGGUCAGAGGUUUCAGUGUUCUCACUGCUCCAAACGUUUUGCAACAGAAAGACUGCUGAGAGACCACAUGAGGACCCACGUAAGCCACUACAAGUGUCCUUUGUGUGACAUGACCUGCCCAUCACCUUCGUCCCUGCGCAGCCACAUCAAGUUCCGCCACAGCAACGAGAAGCCAUACAGCUGCGAUUAUUGUGAAUACAGCUGUAAGAAUCUGAUCGACCUGCGUAAACACCUGGACACCCACAGCGGUGAUCCUGCGUUUCGCUGCGACGUCCCUGGAUGUAGCUUCACCUGCCGCACGCCCGGCACCAUGAAGAUCCACCACCAAAAAGAGCACGAGAAGAGUUUCACAGCUCGCUACAAGUGUCACGUAUGUGGCCAGUGUUUCACAAGAGGCAACGGCCUUACUGUCCAUCUGCACAAAAAGCACCAGUUCAAAUGGCCCUCUGGACACCCCAGGUUCAGGUACAAACAACACGAGGACGGUUUCAUGCGGCUGCAGCUGAUCCGCUACGAGAGCGUGGAGCUAACGGAGCAGCUGAUGAGAGAGAAGCAGAAGAGGCGAGCCGAGGGCGAUGACGACAGCGACAGCGACCAUGCUGAGAGUCGAGAGCUGGAGGGCGAGUGUGCCGCGGAGCUGCGUGGGGUGCUGCUGGAGGAGGAGAGGAGCGAGGAAGGGGGUCAGGACGGGGACAUGCUGUACGUCCUGACAAAAGGUUUGUCGCAGGCAGGGGAGGACUCUGUGUUAAUGCAGCUCCAGGACACAGAGCAGCAACAAGGAAUGCUGGUGGACUGAAUUAAUGGUCAUCCUACAUGUCAAAACUAGUCAGCCAUGUUUUUUUCUCAURCAGUAUUUGGUGACUGAACAAAGAGGUUUGUAGAACCUGAGCCCUUAUUGAGUUCUGCAUAGAUUAUGGAGAUCCACCUUAAUCACUAUAUGUGACCUGUCACAUCGAAA